AUGCAACCAAAAUUAAAUUGGUACAAAGCAGCAAUUGAAAAUAUCGAUUGGAAUGAUGAAAAAAAUAUGGAUCCAACGAUUCAACGGCCAGUUCUCUUUAUAAAAGAAGAGUCAUUUGAUGUAUGUCCUAUCUUUUCUAGUACAGAACAAAGCGAGUUUAUUCCAAAUUAUGAAAUGAUUGAAUUAAAUGCAGGGCACUGGGUAAUGGAAGAAACACCAGACGAAGUUAAUCGAGCAAUUGAUAAAUGGAUUAGAAAAAUCAAAUGA